AGGGGGUAUAAAAGUAGCGAUACUUUUGGCGCAAAACACUUAUUACUGUAUUAUUCAGUCAAACAAUCAGUCAUUCAUUUAGUGAUUGAAUUGCAUUUCAUUUGAGACAUUCAUUCAGCAAUCAAUUGUCACUUCAUUUUCAUCUAUUAAUUAAUUUACUAAAAGACAUACAAAUAAUGUCCGGCAGAGGAAAAGGUGGUAAAGUGAAGAGUAAGGCAAAGAGCCGAUCGUCUAGAGCUGGCCUACAGUUUCCCGUCGGACGUAUUCAUCGUCUUCUACGCAAAGGUAACUUUGCUGAACGAGUGGGUGCCGGCGCUCCCGUCUAUUUGGCCGCCGUAUUGGAGUAUUUGGCUGCCGAAGUCCUUGAGUUGGCCGGCAAUGCUGCUCGCGAUAACAAAAAGUCCCGAAUAGUUCCCCGACAUCUACAGCUGGCCGUACGUAACGAUGAAGAACUGAAUAAACUGUUGGCCGGUGUGACCAUCAGUCAGGGCGGCGUUUUGCCUAACAUUCAUUCGGUACUAUUGCCGAAAAAGUCUGAGUCCGCCGGCGGCGGACAUAAGUCAUCGUCAAAGGCCAGCCAAGAGUUGUAAUGACUAAUCAUUUUUCUCUCUCUAUUGUAUUCAACUGAUUGACACGUGUUUUGUAAUUAUUAUUAUUAUUAUUAUAAUCUGUAUUUGAAUUAUUUGAAACAUUUGUAUUAUUGAUUUCAUUCAAUAUUUUUUUUAAUAUUUAGAAAAAAUAUGAUUUAUUCAUAUA